UUUCUCUCCUGUGGGCCUGAGAGCUUGUGAUCUUUGGAGUGAGAGUGCUCCCGUAAGACCAGCUCUCUCUAGGAGAAUUUGGUUUUGAGAGCUGUGGGAUAGCCCCUGUUCUGGGUGCAGAUGGAGACUGUAAGGGCCAGCAGUCCUUUUUUAAACAAAAAUUCUACAAAGAAAUGCUCACAUUCUCUCUACAACAAUGUGCCUUUGCCAAUGAUUGAAGUUUUAUUUUAUUUGAUUUUAAUUACAAAUAUAUGAAACUUUAAAAAUAUCACUUACUAAGGCAUUAUCACUUCCAUACAGAAAAUAUCUUUCUACUCAUUCUAAAUUUUAUUGCUGAGAAUAAAAUCCAGAAAAGCACAGUUUUUGUCUAACAGAUUGGGAGUUCAAAGUUAUUGUGUUUAUAUCUAUAAAUCUCAAUUAUAUCUUCCAAACUUCACUCUCUGCUUUCUCAAGUAUCUGUAUUUUCUCCUCUAAUGUCUAUCCAUAGGCUUGUUUUAUAGGUUAUUGUUGCCAUAUUGUAUAAAAAUGUUCUUUUCAAAUUUCUCUCAUAGAAAAGCAAAUUGUAUCAAGGUGAUGUAUGGAUAUUUUACUUUUAAUUUACUUAAUCAAAGUGGACUAGGAAGCAUUUACUCUUUGGGAUUCUGGGAUACUUGUCCCUCGUGGCACCCUUUUUCUUGGGGGCAUUUGUUUCUUUCAUUCCUACUAUAUAGCUCUGGUUGGAACUUCAGUGUUUUUCAAUUAUACAAUUUCCACAUCCCAAAAGUUGUACACCUUCUGGUCUCCUAUCUAUAGCACAUAGGACAAAACCCUUCCUGAGAAAGUAUCGAUUUUACAACAUUGAUCCCAUUGUCUUCUUUGUAUUUGAGAAACUACAAUUGAACUCUAAGCCAGAACUGACUACUUACAAAGUGAGUGACCAUCUCCAGUCAAAUUUAUUGAUCAUCACAUACAGUGCACAAAUGAAGGAUAGUUCCAAAGAAUGUAUACCAUAGAGACCAAAACAAACAAACAAACAAUAAAAAAAAAUCUCCCUUUAGUUACCCUUCAGGAGUUUCAGGCAUAUUGCCAUUUGAAAGUUAAAGACUGUAUUUUUUUAAAAAAAAAUAAUAUAUUUAUUUUAAAUAGAAAGAAAUUAGUAACUUUUACAAUAAAAUGAAAACUCCUCGAGAGCAAGAAAUUUUGUUUGUUCCUUCAUGGUGUUAUGGUCAAAAACCAAAUGAUAACUUGUACAGAUACGUUUUAAAUGAGCGACUGCCUCUGCAGAGCUUUGUGUACUGAGUUUCUUCCUUCGUGAGAAAGGUAUAUAUUUCUCACACACAACUUAGCUACCUCAAGGCUGCCAAAUGAGACUUAGGGGAAAGGAGCAAAUAGAACACUUUGACCUAAAAGGAGGGCCACACAUUGUAACCUUUACAGUGUACUACGAAAGAAAAAUUAUCUGAAGUUGUAAAACAGAACGCUUGGUGGCGCUGCAGGCUAAGAAAACUAAAACUUGGCGAAUUUGUGACUGUAAAGUCAGAGCCAUUUCUUGCUGCUGAGAAAGGAAGCUUUUUACAUUUCUGCCGAUCGAUCCUUUCGGAGAGGCAGAUAAGCCGUGUCCAGCAACAUUAAAAAAGAAAAGAAGCUCAAAUUUAUAUAGCUAAGAUUCCUGAAUUGUUCACAAAGCAAUUCUUGGAGCAUUAACUGCUGCAUCCUUUGGAGCAGAGGAAUGAUGAAGACAUCACUCCACAAGGCACCACGGAAAAGGCAAGUGACCGCCAUUAUCUUUCUGUUACUACUGUGGGAGGCAGGCAGUGCAACUAUUAAGUAUUCCAUUCUGGAGGAGACAGACAGAGGUUCUUUGGUGGGGAACCUAGCAAAAGAUUUAGGGCUGAGUUUAAGGGAGUUGGUCAUCAGGGGUGCCCAGAUUCUUUCCAAAGGGAACAAACAGCUCCUGCAGCUGGAGCAGAAGAGUGGAAAUUUGCUCAUGAAAGAAAAAUUGGAUCGAGAGGAGUUAUGUGGGAGCACCAACCCGUGCAUCCUACCUUUCCAGGUGUUACUGAAGAGCCCAGUGCAAUUUAUUCAAGGGGAAAUACAGCUUCAAGAUGUAAAUGACCAUGCCCCUGAAUUCAUGGAAGAUGAAAUUCUCCUUAAAAUCAUGGAAAACAGCCAUCCAGGUGCCACGUUCCCAUUGAAAAUAGCUCAAGAUUUGGAUGUGGGGAGCAACACAGUUCAGAACUAUACAAUCAGCACCAACUCCCAUUUCCACGUUCUCACCCGAAAUCACAGCGAUGGGAGGAAAUAUCCAGAGCUGGUGCUAGACAAAGCACUGGACCGGGAGAAGCAGGCACAGAUUAGAUUAACACUCACAGCUCUGGACAGCGGGUCACCUCCCAAGACUGGGACUACUCAGGUUGUCAUUGUGGUUCUGGACAUUAAUGACAAUGCCCCUGAAUUUGCCCAAGGGCUCUAUGAGGUGCAGGUUCAAGAGAACAGCCCUGUGGGCUCCCUUGUCAUCACUGUAUCCGCAAGAGAUUUAGAUGCUGGGACACACGGAGAACUCUCCUACUCGCUUUUUCAAUCUUCAAAUCAAGUUCUUCGGGCUUUUGAAAUAAAUACAAAUACCGGAGAAAUUAGAGUAAAAAAACUGUUGGAUUUUGAGGAAACUCAGUCUUACCGUAUGGAAAUCGAGGCCUCUGAUGGGGGAGGCCUUUCAGGAAAAUGCACAGUAGUAAUAAAUGUGACAGAUGUAAAUGACAACGCUCCUGAACUCACCAUGUCAUUACUGGUCAGCGAUAUUCCAGAAAACUCCCCUGAAACGGUAGUUGCGGUUUUUGGAAUUUCAGAUCCAGACUCUGAAGACAAUGGAAAAAUGGUGUGUUCCAUCCAAGACCAUCUUCCUUUCCUCUUGAAACCUAAUGAAGAAAACUUCUACACGUUGGUAACUGAAAGAGCACUGGACAGAGAGAGCAGAGCUGAGUACAACAUCACCAUCACAGUCACUGACAUGGGCACACCCAGGCUCACAACCCGGCACACCAUAACAGUGCAGGUGUCUGACAUCAACGACAAUGCCCCCGCCUUCACCCAAACCUCCUACACCAUGUUCGUCCGUGAGAACAACAGCCCCGCUCUGCACAUAGGCACCAUCAGUGCCACAGACUCAGACUCAGGAUCCAAUGCCCACAUCACCUACUCGCUGCUGCCGCCUCGAGACCCACAGCUGGCCCUCGACUCACUCAUCUCCAUCAAUGCAGACAAUGGGCAGCUGUUCGCGCUCAGGGCGCUGGACUAUGAGGCGCUGCAGGCCUUCGAGUUCCGCGUGGGUGCCACAGACCGAGGCUCACCCGCGCUCAGCAGCCAGGCACUGGUGCGCGUGGUGGUGCUGGACGACAAUGACAAUGCGCCCUUCGUGCUCUACCCGCUGCAGAACGCCUCUGCGCCCUUCACUGAGCUGCUGCCCAGGGCUGCAGAACCCGGAUACCUGGUCACCAAGGUGGUAGCUGUGGACCGCGACUCUGGCCAGAAUGCCUGGCUGUCAUUCCAGCUGCUCAAGGCCACGGAGCCUGGGCUGUUUAGUGUGUGGGCACACAAUGGCGAGGUGCGCACCACCAGGAUGCUGAGCGAGCGCGAUGUGCCCAAGCACAGGCUGCUGCUGCUGGUAAAGGACAAUGGAGAUCCUCCGCGCUCUGCGAGUGUCACUCUGCAUGUGUUGCUGGUGGAUGGUUUCUCUCAGCCUUACCUGCCUCUGCCAGAGGUGGCUCACGAUCCUGCACAAGAAGAAAAUGCGCUGACACUCUACCUGGUCAUUGCUUUGGCCUCUGUGUCUUCUCUCUUCCUCCUGUCUGUGCUGCUGUUCGUGGGGGUGAGGCUGUGCAGGAGGGCCAGGGAGACCUCCCUGGGUGGCUGCUCUGUGCCUGACGGACACUUUCCUGGCCACCUGGUGGAUGUCAGCGGUACAGGGACUCUAUCCCAGAGCUACCAGUACGAGGUGUGUCUGACAGGAGGUACUGGAACAAAUGAGUUUAAAUUUCUUAAACCAGUACUUCCCAACUUCUUGAAUGAUGAAGGUUACAGGAACACGGAGGAGAAUUCCAAUUUUAGGGAUUGUUUGGGGUUUAGCUAGAAAUCACACCUUGGCCUCAUGUGAUGUAUAUCCACUGAUGCUUUUAUAAUUUCAGUCAUGGAAAGAGGUCUGUACUAGCGAGAUACUGAUAGUCAUAUUUGUAGCUGUUUCAGAUUGUCGAGUAUUCCUUGCAAUUUUUUUUGCUAGCCAUCUUUCCCUCAAGUACACAAUGUAGGUGCAAAACGUUCGUGGACUUGUAUUUAUCACAUAAAAAAGGUUUAAUAAUUAAGAGAUAUUUUCAGGUUCCUGGUUUCUGAGCAUGUGCAUUGAUUUCUUGUAAUCAAAGAACUCGUGUCUCAAAACUUAUUGCUAAGAUGGAUUUAACGCUAUUGUAAAUGAUGGCUUUCAGUUUUAAAAAACAAUUUUCAAUCCUGAAAUGGUGUGUGUGUGUGUGUGUGUGUGUGUGUGUGUGUGUGUGUGUGUGUGUGUGUGUGUGUGAGCUUCUAAAUCCUAUGGCUCUGUUGGCUGAUUCUGAGAUCCCUAUUUUCUUUCUUGAAAUGAACCAUUAUGUAAUCAGGAUUAUGUUUCUAAACUAAGUAUUUCUUUCCAAAUAGAUAAAAGUUAAUUAAACUGUCUUUUAACAUUCUGAAAAAC